CUUACUCCUCUUCAUAAACCUAAAAAUACGGAUACCCCAAAUCCAAAUCUCUCUCUCUUUCGGACACCCUCACGCUUAUUGAUUCCGGAAUCAAUCCCAUCCCCUCUCUCUCUCUCUCUCUCUCUCUGCAACUUGUCAACUCGCUCAGCAAUGUCGGCAACGUCAGGUCUCUAGAGAAUGCGCUCUCCUUUCCUUCCUUUCAUGCCACAUUUCGGUCAAGUGUAACAAGCAGAUAAUGCCGGAGCUCCAAUCCUCGGCUCUAACUCGUCUUCUCUCCUGAAGUCUACUCAUUUCGUGGGCUCGCUUUCAAUUUAGGAACUCUUACAGGCAGAGUAUUUAUGAAAAUGAACGGUUCUUUCCUAUUGAAUGAGAAUUUCAAUGGCGUUUCUGAUGAAUGCUUGGAUGACAUCAUCAAAUUCUUCGAUUUCCCGUUGGAAGAUGUGGAAGGAAAUGUGGGAGAAGAUUGGAGUGCUAAAUUAGAAUGGCUUGAUCCACCGUCAAUGGAUGUUUUGGCGGGUUUAGCACCUGGGCUUUCUGGUAAAAAUUGCGUUGAUGCUUCAAAAUGUCCUGAAAGUCUAUCUGCUCCGCAUGACGGAACUUCUCCAGUAAAGGAGCUGCCAGUCACUACUGAAGUCACCUCCAGUGCAAGUGUUCUUCACAAAUCUUCUCCAAAUGGCAAAGGUUUGCGUGUCUUCCAAACCUCCAGUCCCAUUUCUGUUCUUGAAAGCAGCAGUUCUUGCUCAGUUGAAAAUCCCACAACCAUUGACCUCAAAAUUAUCAUUCCCGUGAAGCGUGCUAGAAGCAAGCGUACGUGCCGACCAAACUUCAAGCUGGGUGUUUCCUCCACUCCCAUAAUAUCGAAUCCUCCAGCUGAUCUUGAAUCAGCUUCAGAAACCAAUUCUACUGAGGCAGUAUCAAACCAUUGGAAAAGAAAAAUGAGGAAGGAAAAGAACCUGGCAGUGCUCUCAGGUGCCACAGAGACGAGGAGUUAUUCCUCACAGGGACCAGGUUCUACUACUAGAAAAUGCAUGCACUGCGAGGUGACAAAGACCCCACAAUGGCGGGAGGGGCCAAUGGGACCAAAGACCCUUUGCAAUGCAUGUGGGGUUCGUUUUAGGUCUGGACGCCUCUUUCCGGAGUACCGUCCCAUGGCAAGUCCCACCUUCGUUAAGUCAUUGCACUCUAACUCUCACAAGAAGGUGGUUGAGAUGAGAAGCAAGGCUAGUACGGGGGCAAGAAUGGCAGAGCCACAGAGACGGACACUUUGUCAUCGUCCUGUGGGAAGCUCAACAAUUGAAUAGGAAUUUGUUAGGUUAUAUUGGAAAUUAAGAAAAACACUUCGAGUUGGGAGCUAUUUUGUUCUCUGUUUCACUUAGCUGUUUUUAUGUUGUAUUGGUUAAUUUGUUUUCUGUACAUCAGUGGAAUAAGAGGUAGGAGUUCCUGGA